CCAUCCUCGUCGGGCUCGGCCUCGACUACGACGUCUUCUUCAUGGAGUCGGUGGUCGAGCACUUCGACGCGGGCUACUCGUCGCGCGAGGCGGUCGUCGAGGCGCUGCGCCACACGGGCACGAUCAUCUGCGUCGCCGGCGUCAUCAUGUUCCUCGCGUUCGGGUCGCUCCUCAUCGGCGCCUCGCCCAUGAUCAACCAGCUCGCCUUCCACCUCUGCGUCGGCGUGCUCAUCGACUGCUUCGUCACGACCAAGGUCAUCAUCCCCUGCGCGAUGGCCAUGCUCGACCUCCUGCCCGGCAACGCGAACUUUUGGCCGCGUAAGCCGCCCCCCGCCCUGACCGAGCCGACCGUCGAGCCGCUGCCGCCCCUCCGCCGCCUCGGCUCGCUCCGCAACUCGCUGAGCGACAACGCGCGCCGGUCAGCGAUGAGCCCGCACGGCGUGCGCUCGAUGCAGAGCCCCGCCUAGCGGCCAGCGCCUAGAGCCCCGCGGCUGACGCGGGCGGCGCGGGCCUGCGCGCGCUGCUCGACGAGGUGGUCGUGUGUACAUCCGGCUUGGCGCGCGCCGUGAGCGCCGCGCUCGCGUGCGCCUUUUGUACUGUGUAGGGGGAGUCUCACGAUGUCGACUGCACAACGAGAGAGAGCCCGGAUCAGCUGUGUAUGGCUGUGUAUGAGAGAGAGACGAUGCGGUCUCGGAUCUGUCCGAUCCGCUGAGAUAGACGUGAGAGAAACAAAAACGAAGGGUAUAAAACGAAGGCGCGCGCGCGC